UUUGUUUUGGUUUCCGGGAAAGCUUGUUUAGAGCGUUUUCCUGUUGAUUUUCCUUGAUUUCUCGAGAUUUCUUGUAGUAAAAUGUGCACACCUACUUUUCAAACCUACAGAGAACAGCUUACAGACAUUCUCAGGGAAUCCUUCAAGGAGCGAAAAUUCGCAAAGUUAGAGGCGGAUUUCAAGCAUCUCGGUGGCGCACACACUGAUAAGAAGUCCAGUUUAGACCAGGUGUUCAGAGAUGUGCUGCUGACGGACCACGUCGGAGAUGUGAAGGCGGUGGAAGACUUCAUAACGCUGUCCGCGAACGCUGCCCGGAAUGACUUGGUGUCCGUCACCAUUCCAGUGAUCCUCCUGGGCGAUGUGUUCGAUGCUGUGACACUGGAUCAGUGCGAGCAGCUCUUCACGUAUGUGGAGAACAAUGUGGCCGUGUGGAAGGAGGAGGUUUUCUUCACGCCCUGCAAGAAUAACAUCCUGCGGAUGUGCAAUGACUUGCUCAGGAGGCUUUCCAGAUCUCAGAACACUGUGUUUUGCGGAAGAAUUCUCCUCUUCCUGGCCAAAUUCUUCCCCUUCUCCGAGAGAUCAGGACUGAACAUUGUCUCUGAGUUCAAUUUGGAGAAUCUCACGGAAUACAGCACAGAUGGGAAGAAUGAGAAUCUCGCCGGAGAUUCAGUGGAAACUCAGCUGCAGAUUGAUUACAAUUUGUACUGCAAAUUCUGGGCGUUGCAGGACUUCUUCAGGAAUCCAAAUCAAUGCUACAACAAAGUUCAGUGGAAGACUUUCGUGAGCCACACGUCCAGCGUCCUGGCGGCAUUUAGGGGAUUCAAGCUUGAGGAGCCGAGAGAGGGAAGCAGUCGAGAGAAGAGCGAAGCAAUGGAUGUGGAUGAAUUGGACGAGAAGAAUCUUCUCGAUCCUGACAAGGGAGCACAGCACUUCUUUGCCAAAUUCCUCACGAAUCCCAAACUCCUGGCACUUCAGCUCUCAGAUUCCAACUUCCGACGCUCCGUUCUCGUGCAGUUUCUCAUCAUCUUCCACUAUUUGCCGUCUCAGGUGAAGUUCAAGAUGGACAUGUACACGCUGGCUCAGGCGCAGGUGGACUGGAUCAAGGAGACGGAGGCUCAGGUGUAUCGUCUGCUGGAUGAGACGCCGCCGAAUGGCACGAAGUUCUCCAAGAGUGUGCAGCACAUGCUUCAGCGCGAGGAGAUGUGGAACAACUGGAAGAAUGAGGGUUGCAAGGAGUUUCAGCGUCCAGAUCCGCAUCCCAGUGACACGGGAAAGGCGCCCUCGCCGCAGAGGAAGUACAAGAGACUCCUUGGUGACUCCAUCAAGGAGGCCACAAAGCAUGGGAAGUUCUACAUGGGCAAUCCAGAGCUGACGAAGCUCUGGAAUCUCUGUCCGGACAAUCUCCAAGCGUGCAAGGGAUCGGACAGGAACUUCCUGCCAUCGCUGGAGUCUUAUCUGGAGAAUCCGAAGGACAAGAAUGAUCCGUCAUACGAGUGGCGAGCUUUGAGGCUCAUGGCGAGACAGUCGCCGCACUUCUUCACGCUCUUCAACACGCCAUCGUACAAAGUCAGUGACUAUCUGGAGAGUGUGCGCAAGAAGAUCCAGAAGGAUCGCUCUGAGGCGAAGCAGGAGCCCAUGGAGGAGGUUCUGCCGGUGGUGGAGCAAAUGGAGGCGGAUAAUGACAAUUUUGCUGAUGAGCAGGAGCAAAUUGAGGCGGAUUUGCUGAAGACGGAACAACUGACGCCGGAGGACAAGAACAACCACAAGCCGAACAUGAUCACGGCGGAGCAGCUGCAAGAGUUGGCGCCCAUCAUUGGGGCGGAUUGGAAGAAGUUGGCCAACAAGCUCGGCUAUCGACCCGACGAGAUACUCUUCUUCGAGACGGAAAAUCCCACUGCGUCCGCACAGUGUCACGCGAUGCUGCAGAUCUGGUUCGAUGACGACAUGGACGCCAGUCUGGACAAUUUGGCGUACAUCCUCGAGGGAUUGGGCAUGCUGGAGUCCUGCGACACGGUGAAGAAAUUCAUUGGCAACGUUGAUUAAAGGUGAAAAAACAUUUUUCUU